AUGCUGCUGCGGAUAAUCCUGGGUGAGGACAACAUCAAGAAGGUCCAUUUGGACAAAUUACCGGACACGAUUGAAGAUUUUUGUGACUUUCUUAAGACCGAACUCGGGCUCAGUGGCGAAAUUAUCAUACAGCAUCAAGACCCUGACUUCAACAUGGAACUCUAUAACCUAAACAGCAUGUUGGACCUCCCAAGAGACAAGGCAACCCUGAAAGAUGAACCCCUCGUUGCGGAUGUCCUGAAAAGGUGGCCGGCCCUUUACUUUGUGCGUCAGCUCGAAUAUGAGUUUGCUCGACUUACAGCUGUUAAUCUCAGAGAAACACUCAUCACUGGAAUUGACAAAUACCUGGACCGCUUCUUGGAGCUCUUCAGAGCAAAGCGUGCCAUCCCGGGUCUGUCGAGUCUCAUCAGACAGCUUGAUAACUCUGACAACUCCACACACUUCAAGAGGGCCAUCCUGCUGCUUGGACUGCCACACUUCCUCAGGGAUGACUGUUCUUCUUUUGUUAAAACUGUUGAGGCCACUGAUGACGAGAAGAGUAUGACCAAAGGGAUAAAAGUGGGCCUGCUUAUCCUUAAAGAUGGUGAAGACAUUAUUGAUGUGUCAGUUGUGCUGGAGGAAUCUGUCAUCCUCAAAGAUCUUGGGGAUAUUCCCACAGCCAUGGCGCAAUGCUCAUGGGGCUUCUUUACAGUUUAA